CGCUGCUCAUUCGCUCAUUGUCGACGUAGCCCGGUGGAUGGUGCCUCGAGUAAAGGAGAGUAGCACUCUAGCACUUGCGGGAAGGUUCCAGUCGUUCCUCGUGGCCAAUUCCGUCCAAGUCAUUGUUGCGGACUGUUCUUCGUAACUGCUUCGAGACACGACGGUGAGCGUGCUGCACGCGGUAUUGUGGUCCAGCUCGAACAGCUACGUUAUCAUUACCAUCCGGAGCAAGCCGGCGAGACAUUCGAGUCAGAGGUAAAUCUGCUAAAUGGCACGACGCAGGCAAGCGAAACAGGCGGCGACGGAAAGUGUCGUAACCGCCGCUGAUGGCAACGUGACUCCGCCGAAGAGGAGGAGAGUAGCCGCAAAAUCACCGACUGCGGACGAAUCGAAGCAGAUUAAGGGUAGAAGCCGGCAAGCGAAGGCGGAUGAGCAGAACAACGAGGUGGCUAGCAAGUCGGCGGGGAAGUCGCGCAGUAGGCAGAGAAAUGUCACUGAUGCUAUUGCCACCACGGCCGCUGCGAAAACCAGUACGAAGAGUAAAUCUAAAAAGCAAAUCGAUAAGGAGCCGGAAAAAACGACGACAGAGAAUGACAAUAAGGAGGUGGCUGAGAAAAGAACUCGUGGCAGCAAAGCUGCGGCUGCGGUGAAAAAGGCGGGAAAAAAAGUGACUGUGACGAAAUCGAAGGCUAAGGUACCAGCUGCCAGGAAGCAGACUAGGACAAAGGAUGCGGGAAACAGCGCUGAAGAUUUGGAAGGGAAAAAUACUGAUAACAAGAACAGAUCUAUUAAGAGGCCUCGUCAACGUCCUGUAAAGACGGUAGAAGAAAAUAAUGUGUCAGUACAGCCCACUACAAAGGUACCUAGGAAACGUAGGAAUGUGGAGGACACAAAUAAAGCUAUUUCGGAGGCACAGACUACUGUGGAGGAAGGAGAGGAGGAGAAGGACGAAGCGAAGACCAGUAAGAAACUUCGCGACAGACAAAGAAAAAUAGAAACUGUUGCAUCCAUUGUGACCUCUAAAGAAAGAUCUAGAAAGAAUCCUGUAGGAGAAAUUGUUAAAUCACCACCAAAGAAAACAGAAAAGAAGAAACCAAAUAGCAAGGCACAAAAUGCAGCAAUACUGGUAGAUAAUCCAAAAACAAAAAAUGUGAAAAAUACAAAAAAAGAGACUAUAAAAAAAGCUGCUUCUAAAAAAAAACUUAAUGCUGUAGUAGAAGAGACCAGUGACGAUCACGUAGGAGAAUUGAAUGAGGUAGAAGCAGCAACGUCUGAAGACUAUGUCAAAGAAAAUGGAGAAGUACAUAUGGCAGAGCCUAAACAAAAGAAAAGAAAUGUGGGGAAAGCAACUGCGACAGUGAACGGAAAGCAAAACGUCAAUGAAGCCAAAGGAAAACAGAAAAAAGGACAAGUUACUGUAUCUGUUGAUGAAAAAGCAAUACAGGCAGAGAAUGAGGCUAUUAAAAUGAAUGUAACAUUUGAAACUGAUGAAAAUGAUAUGAUUGUUUCCUCAAGUCAAGAUGACAACAUUUUAGAGAACAAAGAAGAAAAUGACAGUAAAGCAAAUUCAAUAAAAGGAGACGCUAUCACAGAUAUAUCAAAUAAUGAAAGGUCAGCAAGUUUUGUAUGCCUUUAAAAAAUACAAAACUAUUAAAAAAUUGAAUGGUAAGCCAAGAAUUAUUGGAACAAUAUUUUAUAUUUGACUAUUAGAGACGCACAUGAAGAACCUCGAUUAUAUCGAGAGAAUAAACGAAGGGAGGGGUACAAAUCCGAUACUUUAAUAUAUUUACUGCAACAUUUGCAGAGUAAAUAGGGUUGGAUCUUAGGUCUCCUUAACUCUUCACUGUAGUUACGACUUGAUUUCAGUAUCGGAUUUUAUCAAUCCUAGGAAUCCUUAAUGUUCUAAUAAAGUUUUUUUUCAAGAAAGAUGAGCAAAGGAAUAUUAUAAAUAUAUACACUAUAUCAAAAGUUUCGCACCAUCGUUUGUAUUGUUGUAUAAGAGUGUGAUGAAAAUGUUACCGGAUAAUAUUUCUGACAAAAUGUAUUUUUUUAAAGAUAUCUUAUUGAGAUUGUG